CUCCCCUUUCCCCUCACGAAAUGGCGGCGGGCGAGUCGUUCCUGCCCUUCGGCCCCGGCUCCCGCGGCGGCUCCUCCGCCGCCUCCCGCCGCCGCCACCGCGGGCCCCGCAACCGCAAGAAGGGCUGGAAGCGCUGGAGCGGCCCCGAGGCGCGGCUGGGCCGCGAGAUCGGCGAUUUCCUCGAGGACGUGGGGCUGCAGGAGCGGGCGGCGGGGGGUCUGAUUUCAGAGCAACCCAAUGAGGGGCUUUUCUUUCUGGACACGGGAAAUGCCCCCAAAAGUCGACGGCUCAGGAAGCCCCCAGAGAAGCCCCUUCACGUGGACCUCGUUCUGCAGCCCCUCUCCAAGGUGCCCCCCCCCAAAAACAUCUGCGCCCACCAGACCCCGAACGGGCGGAAGGAGAAGAAACGCCGGGAAUUUUGGGCGAAAAAAGCGGAAAAGGGGAUUUUGCCGCGGGGGGAGCGGCGGCUCCGGGCACGCCUGGCCCGGGGGGCACCCCCAGAAACCCCCCAAAAACCCCCCGAGCUGGGGCGCUCAGACCCCCACAGGGACUUCUACGACAUCUGGGGGGAGCAGGCAUUUUUGGGGCUCCCCAGACCCCCUGAGGGGCAGGACCGUUGGUACCUCCAGCAGACCAAGAAGCUGCCGGUGCAGAGAGGCCCCCGGCUGCAGACGAAGCCUCCGCCCUCCCCCCAUCGAGGUCAUCGGCCCGGGGGCUUUACAACCCCCUUCCAGGAGCACCAGGCUCUGCUGCGUCGGGCGCUGGAGGUGGAGACGAGGAGGAGGAGGGAGGAGGAGAAGGUGGAGAGGAGGCUGAAGGUCCACGAGGAACCCGCCACGCAGGAGUCGAAGCUGCAGGAGCAGCUGGAGGGGCUCCUGGAGGAGGAGGAGGAGGAAGAGGAGGAUGAAGAGGACGGGAAUGGGAAUGGGAAGGAGGAGCCGCCCAAAAAACGGGAACAGCCGGGAAGGAAAACGGAGAAACAGCGACGGAAGGAGAGGGAGGAGAAGCAGAAGAGGCAGCUCCAGGCAGGAUCCCGUCUGGCCACGCAGCGGCUGCAGGGGCUGUUCCAGCUGCGCUCCCUGCGGAGGCUCCUGAGGCAGCGCCAGGAGCGGCUCCGGCUCCGCAGGAACCUCCGGGAGCUGCGACAGAAACAGCGGGAACGGGAACCAAAGAGGCUCGGCAGGACACGGUACGAGGAUGCCGGGCCGGAGGUGCAGCUGAGCCAGGAGCUCCCCGAGUCCCUGAGGAGCCUCAGGCCUGAAGGGCACGUGCUCCGGGAUCGCUUCAAGAGCCUCCAGAGGAGGAACCUGAUCGAGCCCCGAGAAAGGGCCAAGUUCAAGAGGAGGUACCGGGUGAAAUACGUGGAAAAAAGAACCUUCCGGGCAGUCACGUGA